AACUAACAUUGUCAGUAAAAAAUAAGCAUGACAAUUAGUCAUACAUAAGUCAACUAACAUUUUAGUCCUUACAUUCUUUUCACAGCUAGGACUAGUAAUCAUUUUCCAAAAUGUCAGUAACACAUGAAAAGCUAUGAAGCAUACCUAGCCUUCCCCUAUGAAGGUACAACCCUGUAACUGUAUUAUUAUUCAUACAUACAAUAAAAAUUCUUAUUUCAAUUCUGUAUCUAUUCUAUCAAUUUUUGGAAGAACAGUAUAAAAUUUAUUGCUGGUGUUCUCCAGAUAAAUAUCAUAUCGAAUGUGAUACAUGUACCAUAAAGGCAGUUAGAUACAAACAAUGAUUCAACAACAUUGAAUAUUUUCAGCUGGAACUGAAAUCCUGAAUCAACUUUGGAAAACAUUCCCGAGAUCAUGCAGUCUUCACUACAUGGCCUGAUCCUAGCUAUUUUAAUUGUCCUUAGUGAACACAGAGCAAACGGGGAUGGGGACUUCCACGACUCUGCAGGGAUUGUCCAAUUAAUGAGUGAUAAAUAUGGACUUUACAGAACUGUAAUGGAUUUUGCCGAAAUCAAACGAAUGCUAGCCCAGGUGACAUGCAGAAUAAAUGUUGAGGUUCAAUGUGUGAAUAAAAAAACUGGAAGAAUUAAAAAGAAAUGUAGCGAUUUUUUGCAGCUCUCUCAUUCAAAUUGUUGCUUCUUGUUUCAUGAUUCAAAUUUGAAUAGUAACAUUACUUUAAAUUGUUACAAACAUUGCUCCUCUGAGAGAACACCGAUCGAUCCACUCCCCUGCGUACCUGGAAGUUUAGAUGGCACUGUUCGCGACGCAGCAGAUUCUCAAUUACCUUUGAAAGUUUAUUGUGAUGUUGAGGAAGAAGGAAUACAGUUUGUAAAGCAGUGUGACACAUGGCGUAAAUUACAUAAGCUAUGCUGCAAAUUACAGCUUCUUCCAACCGACAACAUGUUAAUUCCUUUAAUGCCAAAAAUUAUUUGCACCAAAAGAUGUUGGAAAUAAAAUUAUAAUAUCAUAUGGAAUGGAAGUUCCUGAUAUUC